AUGGAAAUCUCUCCAGAGACAACUUCCGACCCGUUAUUUACCACUGAAGAGAUCUUGGACUGCCUUAAAGUUAUGAAUCCUAACAAGUCACCAGGGCCCGAUCAUCUAACGUCAGACAUUUGCCUAAUGUUUGCGAAAUUGUAUCCUUCAAUGGUCACUUCAAUAAUGAACAGAUGUUUGGAGCUAAAAUAUUUCCCGAAAAUAUGGAAGAAAGCAUACAUCAAAAUAAUACCAAAACCAAACAAAUCUGACUACUACGACACUGCCGCUUACCGACCUAUAGGAUUAAUAAACGUUUUUGGAAAGCUAUUGGAAAAAUUGAUAAUUCAAAGAAUCACACACCACAUUAACAGUAAUAAUUUUGCAUGCAAUAACCAAUAUGGAUUUAAAGAACAAACUAGUACCGUACAUGCCUUAAAGAAAGUAAUAGAUACAGUUAAACAAUCCAAAUCAAACAAUGAACAUGUCAUAGCUAUCUCGUUGGACAUACAAGCGGCGUUCAACAAUGCUUGGUGGCCAUUAAUCUUCAAAAGACUGCACAAAAUCAAUUGUCCUAAAAAUUUAUACGAUAUAAUGCUUAGCUAUGUUCAAGAUAGGAAAGCGCAGAUUGAUUUUGCAGAUAGCUCAGCUACAAAGACACUCACACGCGGCUGCAUUCAAGGAUCAGUUUGUGGACCAACUUGUUGGAAUCUGAUCUUGGAUGAACUUUUAGAAUGUAAACUACCAGGAGGGUGUCACAUACAAGCAUUCGCGGAUGAUGUGACGCUCAUUGUUCAUGACAAAAAUUUAGAAGUGCUACAGAACAAAACCAACCAAGCUUUAGAGAUGAUCACCAACUGGGGAUUCAACACAAAAUUGACAUUCGGACCUCAAAAGACGCAGGCAAUAGCAUUCACUAGAAAAGCUGAGAAAAGCAUAAUAAAAAUUAAUAACCAUCCUGUACAUUUUAAAAAUACAAUAAAGCUCCUUGGCAUUAUCAUUGAUAAAAAACUGAAUUUCACUCAACAUAUUAAAUCCGUCAUUGAUAAAGCGCAAAAUAUAUAUCAAAAACUCAUUAGAUUUGUCAGACCUACGUGGGGUUUACAUGGAGAUAAUAUAGACACAAUAUACAAACAAGUAAUAGAGCCAAUCAUCUGCUAUGCUUCUAGCAUAUGGCACGAUGCAAUAAAAUUUGAAUGUGUCCGGAAAAAACUUCUGUCGCUACAAAGAGGUUUUGCCAUAAAAAUAGUACGCGGAUUCCGAACCCUUAGUACAGCAGCGUCCAUUUCACUAGCUAACCUAAUACCCUUGCCUGCAAAAAUUUUAGAAACUGCUGAAAUCGAAAGUACAAGAAUAACAGGAAUAUCAAAAUUUUUACCUCAAGAUAUCACACUUGACGGACCAGCUCAACCUUCAACAAUUAUUCAUCCAGCUAAUAGAGUUAAAAUAAAUUUCAAUAUAGCUUCAAAAUAUGAACAUAUAGUAGAACAUGUACCUCCAGACAUUUACCAAAUAUACACUGAUGGAAUUUUGAGAGAUAGGAUAUCUGAAGAGGAAAAAAAAAUGUAUAAGCCAACAUCGGGAGCGUCUUCAGUGUCUUCUAUUAAAACAAGAUCAUCAACCAAAUCUGCUAGAACUACCGCUGGCAGUGCAACACUGCGGAAGAAAGUUUUAAUGCAAAAUGCUAACACUACUGUAAAAGAAAUAGGUGAUGAUGACACAACGUUCGAAACAGCACAGGCCCCAUCGGAAUCAUCACCAAAUUCAGAGGCUUUAAAUAUUGAGGGAAAAUACCCAAUUGGAAAACUUGAAAUGACCGAACAAGAUUCCGAUGACAAUAGCUCUUUAGCAAUGGAUAUGGAGGCGGAAUUGCAGGUAUUAGGAAUUUGUAAGCCGGCCCUACGUACGGACGAUGAAUGGUCAGACGCUGAUAGUGUGGCUAGUGUGCAUAGUAAAAGGUCCAGUAUCUUACCGCCUGCAUACAAGAAAGCAGGUAUUUCAAUGGACCUGGCCACCCAAAGAGCAAAUGAAUUCUUACAAUCCGGCAAAGAAGCGCUAGAAAAAGCCGGCAAUAUGAAAAAAGAAUGCAAAAUCGAAGUGCACGAAUGUUUACAAGGCUUAUAUGAAGUAGCGUUAUCUUUGUCCGAUUCUCGUUCACGUCACCGUCUCGCGCUAGAGCAAGAGCGUUGUCGAGCUGCAAAGGAAUUAGUUAGGGUAGAACGUGCUCACACCAAGCAAAUAGCAGAGUUACAGUCAACGUUUUAUCAGAAACUUAAGGAAGCGCAUGAGAGUAUUCGAGAGACGUUUAAGUCAGCGGAAGCAAUUCGCAGCUGGCUCAACUAUGAGAUGGAUGAGCCAAUUAAGUCCAUACAAAACAUCCAACUUGAGCUGCGUGGAUUAGCAACAACAACAGUCCCAUCAAAAGCUGCCCUCGAAUUUACUCAUGAACAACCUGCCGUCACAACGGAGACGUUAAUGUUAUUGUCUGGACAAAUCAAAGAAAUAUCAGAAGAAAUUAAUAACUUGAUAAAUAAAAUAGACACCCUAGAAAGCAGGCCAAUAGAUAUCGAACAAAAAUUAUCACCAAUAAAAGAACAGAAUACCGAACUAAUCCAUCGUAUGGAUGGUUUUGCUGAAAACCUACACCAAACCAAGGAAAUGGUUCAAAACCUACCAACAAAAGUACAAAUUAACACAAUACCCAUGGAAGAACAGAAGAAAGAACUUCGGGAUGCAUUUACCCCACUAAUAGAACUUAUAAACAGAUCUAAUAACCAAAUAGAGGAUUUAAAAGAAUGUAUUACUGCACAAAUGGUAUGUCAAGGAAAUUCUGGAAUAGGUACAGAGUUGGCACUCGCUGAAAUUAAAGAAAAAAUCAACGACAUGUAUAAUCGACAAAGUGUUGAUACACAAACAUUGGAAAAUAAAAAUUUUGAAAGAUACGGCCAAGGUAACAAUAAACCACAAACUACAGUAGAUAAUAAAGCGACACGAACACGAUCAUAUGCCGAGGCAGUUAUACAGCCAAAAUAUUCAGUAAUAUUAGAGUCAAUAGAUCCACGUAAUUCUAGCCACGAUAUUAUUACGCAAGUGAAAAAUGACGUCGAUCUGAUAGAAUUAGGAGUAAGAGUAAAUAAAAUAACAAAACUAAAAAACCAAAAAGUAAUAAUUAACUGUGAUUCUUCUGAAGAUAGAGCCAUCUUAAAAACAGCUAUCAGGGACACCUGUAAAAAAUUAACAGUCUCAACCCUCCCUGCAAAGAAUCCACAGUUACGUUUGAUAGGAGUAGCCACAGAUUUGGACGAUACAAAAUUAAUUAAAGCAGUCAUUAAACAAAAUGUUAAGUUAUUAUUAGACCUAGAAGAUGAACAAAAGACCAUUAAAGUACUCCGCAGAACAAAAAGUCGAAUAAGGGAGUUAACAAACGUAAUAGUUGAGACCACCCCACAAAUGUGGGCGAAACUGAAAGAACAAAAAUUAAGACUAGGAUAUCAAGUGGUGUCGUGUGUGGAUCAGUCGCCUGUAACACAAUGCUACAGAUGUCUUGGGUUUAACCACACGGCCAAAGAAUGUAAGAACGAGCAACGCUGUGGCUACUGUUCAGAAACACACGACACGAGAGAAUGUAGAAAUAUAAAUCAGGCACAAAAAUGCUGUAACUGUAUUGACUCACAGAAAACAACUUUACCACAUCCUGCCUAUAGCCAUGAAUGUCCUGAAUGGUCUAAGUGGGACAAAAUAGCUAGGUCAUCAGUCACUUACUGCUAA